UGGCUCACUGAAUACUGUCUUACUCAGUGUCAGACGCUCAGAGCACAAGUGAAUGCAAAUGUGUCUCAACUCUAUUUGCACUGCUCUUCCGCCUUACGGCUACUCUGCUAUUACUAACUUUUCUGUUUUUAGAGGAAUUACUAGCAAAGAUAACCUCUUUUAAGUGUGCAGAGCUAGUCCAUGCCCCCAUACGCUCGUGACCACCGCUCUUUUAUAUCGCUCGAUGCGCUUACUCCGUCACCGUUCGUGUCUUUCUCUACGUAGCCAUAUCACACCGCACACAGUACUCCUCUUUGCACCAACACGCCACCUCGGAGAGCGAGUGCAUUGCAUUGCGCAGCUAGCCAGUAGCCCAGCAGGGGAGAGGAGAGAGCGGCGAGCCAGAUGGCGAGCGGCGCAGGGGAGCACUUCCUCAGGCAGCUGAGCGCGAGCAACGACGACGGAGGCUGCGGGCUGAAGGAGGACCGCGACGCCGGAGAGAGGAGGAGGGGCUCCCGGCGGUGGUCCAAGAAGAGGGCCGCGAGGGGCUACGGCGCCGGCACUGGCUAUGGCAGGAAGCAGGGGGAGGCCAUGGCCGCGGCGGCGGCGAGGAAGCGGGUGAUGGUGGUGGUGGACGAGAGCUCCGGCGCCAAGCACGCCAUGAUGUGGGCGCUGACCCACGUCGCCAACAAGGGGGACUUCCUCACGCUGCUCCACGUGCUGCCGCACUGCGGCGGCCGAGGGGAGGAGGCCUCCUACCUCGCCAACUCGCUCGGCACGCUCUGCAAGGCCAGCAGGCCCGAGGUGGAGGUUGAAGCGCUUGUGAUCCAAGGGCCCAAGCUGGCCACCGUCCUCAGCCAAGUGAAGAAGCUGGAGGCCUCCGUGCUGGUGCUCAGCCAGUGCAGACCAUCUCCUUUCUGCUGGUUAAGCUGCUUCCUGCGGAGCAGCAGCGAGGAGUUCGUCGAGCGAUGCAUCAACGAUGCAGAGUGCCUCACGCUGGCGGUGAGGAAGCAGAGCAAAGGCGUCGGCGGGUACCUCAUCAGCACCCGGUGGCAGAAGAACUUCUGGCUCCUGGCUUGACAAGCACAGCCUAGUUACUACUUACUGCAUGAUCAUAUUUUACUCCCACAUCUGUCACUGUAUUCAGCUCAGUACAUUUCAAAAACCUACCUCCCUGCCAUAAAUGUAUGCGUCUGUGGAUCGUCUUAUUUCCGUUGUAAAGCCAAAUGAGCCUUAGAUCUGACCCUCCUACAAACCUACAUCAUCUCUGUAGUGUUUGUACUUUGUAAUCUGUAUUGUACUAUCGUGUGAUGCUGCAUAAAUAACCAAUUUCUGUUGUAA